CUAGAGAACCAGUGCAGGGAGAGCGAGCAAUGACGCCACUGGAGCUGGGUCGGUCCUGGCCACUUUGGAUUGGCCGCGCGGACUCGUGGGGACCCCCCUCCCACUGUCGCUGGAAUAAGAGCUGAGAGCUCCGCGGGGAAGACGCCCGCAGCAGGCGUUGUGUCCAACGGGGUGGACCGGCCGCUCGCGCUCUCCAGAAACUCGUCUCCAGAGAGGCAGCAUGGGCUUCGGGAAGUCCUCCCCCUUUCUGGCUUUCAGCAUCUUGGUCCUGUGCCAGGCAGGCAGCCUCCAGGCGGCACCAUUCAGGUCUGCUUUGGAGAGCCUCCCAGACCCCACCGCACUCAGUGAGAAGGAAGGGCGCCUCCUGCUGGCUGCCCUGGUGAAGGCCUAUGUGCAGGGGAAGACAAAUGAACUGGAGCAGGAGCAGGAGCAGGAGGAGACAGAGGGCUCCAGCCUGGACAGCCUUCGAGCUAAGCGGUGCAGUAAUCUGAGUACCUGUGUGCUGGGCGCAUACUCGAAGGACCUGAACAACUUUCAUACAUUCUCUGGCAUCGGCUUCGGGGCUGAAACACCUGGCAAGAAAAGGGACAUAGCCAGCAGCUUGGAGAAGGGCCAGUAACCCUGCUUUGGGGUGCCCCAGGAUGGCAACCAGACUCCUUCCACUCCCUCCUGAUUUCCCUUCUUGCUCCCAUUUUUGAACUAAAUGCAUGCAGAUUCCACUUUGAUUGCUCUUCAAGCUGGUAUUGGUAGCUUUGCUUAUCACAGAGAAUAUGGGGGACCUCAGGAUGGAAGGGAAGAGAGCAGGACUCAUAGGCCAGGUUAGAGGCAAGAGUGAGGGAACCUUCUUGAGAUCCCAGAGGAUUUCAUGGUAGAGUCCCCAAUUUCUGCUGCAUCCUUCAUGUUUCAUCAUUGAUGAAUAAACCUAUUUUCUAACAGGAUUUGCACUGUGGUGGUCAUUACUCUGGUCGUGUCCAAGGCUUGAGAGUACCCAGAACCUAUCUAUGCUUAAAAGUAGCGUUAGCCUCAGGGUAGCUGGGUACAGGGCUUGGUGAGUGGUCCUUGUGAACCAGUUCCACCGUCAAGAACAGGUGUGCUGAGAAACAGGUAAACACUUCUGGGGGAGGACGCUGUUUCCCUCUUCUCACAGCCUCUUUCAGGUAAGACGUCAGGGAAUUUUCCUUUCCCAUGGAAAGUGGUUUUGAUGGUGCCUGUGGCUGCUCUAUGGUUUCUCUAUGCCCCUUGCAUGUCUUGGGAUUGGGCUGGGCCUUUGGUGACCACUUCAUCUUGGUUCUAAAGAGACUGUAUGUAAGUGACGGUAAGUGCUGAUUUCAGUACAUGCCUCAUGGCUUGACACUGGGUUUUUUCUUUUUCUUUUUUUUUUAAAGUUUUUAUUUAAAUUCCAGUUAGUUGACAUACAGCGUAAUAUUAGCUUCACGUGUAUGAUAUGGUGAUGCAACACUUCCAUACAACAGCCAGUGCUCAUCACAUUGGCACUGGGUUUUUUUCACGAAGGUCUUUGGGCAGGGCUCCUAGCAAAAGCUGCCAGGCCACUUCUCCUAACAGCUUUGAUAAUUGCAUUUAGGAGAAACACUUAUUCUUAAGCGGUAUGUCGAAGAGCUGAAAUUCUCUUUAUGAAGGCCUCAGGGGCAGGCUGGCAGGCUCCUGCCCCUCGCCUCUCACUGACAGACCUCUUCUUUCCCCAUCCUGCAAAUCAGCGUCACUGCCCAGAAGAGAUCCUGCAACACUGCCACCUGUGUGACCCAUCGGCUGGCAGGCUUGCUGAGCAGAUCUGGAGGUGUUGUGAA